UACUAAUUGAGCUUCGUCCGACCUUUACCGUGUGCUUGCUCCUUGGCCCUUCAAGAAUCUCUUUCACACCCUCAUUUCCUCCCACAUCCCUCCUCCCUCCUCACAAUCCAAAAUCCCUUCGAAUGACCUUCAGAUCCUCGCGGGUCUCCUCUUGACCAUUCCUCCCUCAUCCUCUUUUUCUGCCAACAUCUGGACAGCUUCGCUACGGCUGUCAUUGCCCGAAAUUUUGCGAGGGCUCCGCUAUCCGCAGCAUCACCAUCAUCACCAUCUAAAUCGGUGAUUUUUCUUUUUCUUUACCCUUCAGCCUCGGCCACGAUUAAUUAGCAUUCGGCGUUUCGUUUGCGGCUUCUCUAUUUCCUCUUAACCUUUUAUUACCCUAAUUUUUGUGCUCGUCUACGAGCAAAUACUCCCCUCUCAACAUGACUGAAUCCGACGUUGUGCUCAACGGUGCCACCACAAACGGUGUCAAGGCUCGGGUGCAGAAUGGAACUCCCAACUCAUAUGCCGCCAAGCACAACCUUCCCUCACAUUUCAUCGGCGGUAACCACCUGCAAGCAGCACCAGCCUCCUCCGUGAAAGAUUUUGUCGCGGCUCACGGUGGACACACUGUGAUUAGUUCGAUUCUCAUUGCCAACAAUGGUAUUGCCGCUGUGAAAGAGAUUAGAUCGGUCCGGAAAUGGGCCUAUGAAACCUUUGGUGAUGAGCGGGCCAUCCAGUUCACGGCUAUGGCCACGCCUGAAGAUUUGCAAGCUAACGCGGAUUACAUUCGUAUGGCUGAUCACUACGUUGAAGUACCUGGCGGUACCAACAACAACAACUACGCAAACGUGGAGUUGAUUGUUGACAUCGCCGAGCGCAUGGGCGUUCACGCUGUCUGGGCUGGAUGGGGUCACGCAUCGGAGAACCCAACUUUGCCCGAAUCCUUGGCAGCUUCCCCGAGAAAGAUUAUUUUCAUCGGCCCUCCAGGUUCAGCUAUGCGAUCCCUCGGUGAUAAGAUUUCAUCUACGAUUGUCGCUCAACAUGCCAACGUUCCCUGCAUCCCUUGGUCUGGUGAGGGUGUGGAUGAAGUCGUGGUUGACGAGCAUGGUAUCGUCACAGUUCAGGAUGAGGUCUACGACAAGGGUUGCACGCAUUCUCCUGAAGAGGGUCUGGAAAAGGCCCGCACGAUUGGCUUCCCUGUUAUGGUCAAGGCCUCUGAAGGUGGUGGUGGAAAGGGUAUCCGAAAGGUCGAGAAGGAAGCAGACUUUAUCCCGCUCUACAAGGCGGCCGCAAGUGAAGUUCCUGGCUCGCCCAUCUUCAUCAUGAAGUUGGCUGGCAAUGCCCGUCACUUGGAAGUCCAGCUUCUCGCUGAUCAGUACGGCAACAACAUUUCCCUCUUUGGCCGAGACUGUUCCGUGCAGCGACGACACCAGAAGAUUAUCGAAGAGGCCCCGGUUACCAUCGCGAAGCCGGAAACUUUCAACGCCAUGGAAAAGGCCGCCGUCCGGCUAGGAAAGUUGGUCGGUUACGUCUCCGCCGGAACGGUGGAAUACCUCUACUCCCACGCCGACGACAAAUUCUAUUUCCUUGAGCUUAACCCUCGAUUGCAGGUUGAGCACCCGACCACCGAAAUGGUGACCGGCGUCAACCUUCCUGCCGCACAGCUCCAGAUUGCCAUGGGUAUCCCUCUCCAUCGCAUCCGUGACAUUCGAUUGCUGUAUGGUGCCGACCCCAACACUACAACCGAGAUCGAUUUCGACUUCUCGAAUGAGGAGUCUCUGAAGACUCAGAGACGGCCCAAGCCCAAGGGCCAUACUACGGCUUGCCGUAUCACCUCUGAGGACCCUGGUGAAGGUUUCAAACCGUCCAGCGGUACCAUGCACGAGUUGAACUUCCGAAGCAGUUCGAACGUCUGGGGUUACUUCUCGGUCGGAACCGCUGGUGGAAUUCACAGCUUCUCUGACAGUCAGUUUGGACAUAUUUUUGCUUACGGCGAAAGUCGAGCAGCUUCCCGGAAGCACAUGGUUGUCGCUCUGAAGGAAUUGAGCAUUCGCGGCGACUUCCGAACCACAGUCGAGUAUCUCAUCAAGCUCCUUGAGACGCCGGCGUUCGAGGAGAACAAGAUCACCACUGGCUGGCUCGAUGACCUCAUCUCGAACAGACUGACUGCUGAGCGGCCCGAUCCUAAUCUCGCGGUUAUCUGCGGUGCUGUUACCAAGGCGCAUUCCGCCAGCGAGGCGUGCUUCAAUGAGUAUCGGCAGAGCCUCGAGAAGGGACAAGUCCCCUCCAAGGAACUGCUGAAGACUGUGUUUCCGGUCGAGUUCAUUUAUGAAGGGCACCGUUAUAAGUUCAUGGCCACUAGAUCCAGCACGGAUAGUUACAACCUGUUCAUCAAUGGAUCCAAGUGCUCCACGGGUGUGCGGUCCCUUGCCGAUGGUGGUCUGCUCGUGCUGCUCAACGGACGAAGCCACAACGUCUACUGGAAGGAAGAGGUUGGUGCCACCCGCGUGAGCGUUGACGGGAAAACUUGCCUUCUUGAGCAAGAGAACGACCCCACCCAGCUUCGAACACCCAGUCCGGGAAAGCUUGUCAAGUUCACAAUCGAGAAUGGUGAGCACGUCAAGGCUGGCCAGGCAUUUGCUGAGGUCGAAGUCAUGAAGAUGUACAUGCCGCUCAUUGCUGCGGAGGAUGGUGUGGUUGAGCUCAUUAAGCAGCCUGGCGCUACUCUUCAGGCCGGUGACAUUCUUGGAAUUCUCACUCUCGAUGACCCUACUAGAGUUAAGCACGCACAACCCUUCCUUGGUCAUCUGCCCGACGUCGGACCUCCGCAGGUGGUUGGCAACAAGCCUCCUCAGCGGUUUGGUCUCCUCUUCGGCAUUCUGCAAAACAUUCUCUCUGGAUACGACAACCAGGUCAUCAUGGCAUCUACUCUGCAAGAGAUAGUUGAGGUCCUUCGCAACCCAGAUUUGCCAUAUGGCCAGUGGAACGCUCAGAUAUCUGCAUUGCACUCCCGUAUGCCGCAGAAAUUGGAUGCCACCCUCACUCAGAUUGUCGACCGUGCCCGAACCCGGCAGUCGGAGUUCCCCUCGAGGGCCUUGCUGAAGGCUAUCAACCGCUUUCUUGAAGAAAAUGUCAGCCCAGGCGAUGCCGAUAUUCUCAAGAGCGCCAUAACCCCACUUCUUGAUGUCAUUGAGAGCUACAAGGAAGGCCUCAAGGUCCACGAGUAUGAGACUUUUGUUGGAUUGCUUGAGUCGUACUGUGACAUGGAGCGACUGUUCUCUUCUCGCAACGCUCGUGACGAGGAGGUUGUCCUGAAGCUCCGUGAAGAGAACAAGGACAAUAUCGCCAAGGUCGUCCAGAUUGUUCAAUCCCACAGCAGAAUUGGCGCGAAGAACAACCUCAUCAUCGCCAUUCUUGACAUUUAUAGACCUAACAAGCCUGGCAACCAUAACGUUUCCAAGUACUUCCGCCCCGUUCUGCGCAAGCUUACCGAGUUGGAGUCGCGUGCUACUGCCAAGGUGGCCUUGAAAGCGAGAGAAGUCCUCAUUCAAUGCGCUCUGCCUUCUCUUGAAGAAAGAACCACCCAGAUGGAGCACAUCCUCCGUUCUUCCGUUGUGGAGUCCAGAUACGGCGAGACCGGCUGGGAGCAUAGAGAGCCCAACCUCGAUAUUCUGCGGGAGGUCGUCGACUCCAAGUACACCGUCUUCGAUGUUUUGCCUUUGUUCUUUGGUCACCCAGACCCGUGGGUUUCGCUCGCUGCUUUGGAAGUUUACAUUCGUCGGGCUUACCGUGCCUACGACCUGAAGCUUCUUGAUUACCACAAUGAAGCUGAGCCUCCUUAUAUUGUCUCCUGGGACUUCUUGCUCCGCAAGGUUGGCCAGUCUGAGUAUGGCAUGCCAAUCCAGUCCAACUAUCCUUCGACUCCUUCGACCCCGACUCCGGAUAGUCCGACUUCAUUCAAGAGAAUCAGCUCUAUCAGCGACAUGUCUUACCUAACUGGCAAUAAGGAUGACCAGCCUGUUCGCAAAGGUGUCAUCGUCCCCGUUCCUUACAUUGAUGAGGCCGAUGAUUACCUUCAGAAGGCUCUUGAGAUGUUCCCCAUUGCCGGAACCAAGCAGCGGAAUUUUUCAAACGGACUCUUGCCCGACCUCUCCGGCAAGCGCAGACCUGCUGCCCCCAAGCCCGAGAGCGAUGACGAGCUUACUGGUGUCUUGAACGUUGCCGUUCGUGAUGCUGAGACUUUUGAUGAUAAUGAGAUCUUGGCGAGAGUGACCCCUAUUGUGAACGAAUACAAGGAGGAGCUUCUUGCCAGGAGAGUCCGCAGAGUUACUUUCAUCUGCGGCCACAAGGAUGCAUCCUACCCCGGCUACUUUACCUUCCGUGGCCCCGCCUACGAAGAAGACAAGAGUAUUCGCCACAUCGAGCCUGCACUGGCAUUCCAGCUCGAAUUAGGACGACUUUCCAAGUUUAACAUUAAACCCGUCUUUACCGAGAACAGAAACAUCCACGUGUACGAGGCCGUUGGCAAGGGUGUCGAGACCGACAAGCGCUACUUCACUCGUGCUGUCGUUCGAACUGGCCGGUUGCAGGAUGACAUUCCCACUGCGGAGUACCUCAUCUCUGAGGCUGACCGGUUGAUGACCGACAUUUUGGACGCGCUGGAGAUUAUUGGUAAUAACAACUCUGAUCUGAACCAUAUUUUCAUCAACUUCUCUCCAGUAUUUGCCCUCGAGCCCAAAGAGGUUGAGGAGGCCCUUGCCGGCUUCCUUGAGAGAUUCGGUCGUCGCGCUUGGAGACUGCGUGUUACAGGUGCCGAGAUCCGCAUUGUCUGCACGGAGCCCACUACCGGCAUGCCAUACCCCUUGCGUGUGCACAUCACCAACAGCUCGGGCUUCAUCAUUGAAGUCGAGAGUUAUGCCGAGAGGAAAUCUGACAAGAGCGGCGAAUGGAUUUUCCAGAGCAUUGGUGGAACUACCAAGAUUGGUGCCAUGCACCUUCGCCCUGUCUCGACGCCCUACCCUACAAAGGGUGCUUUGCAACCCAAGCGGUACAAGGCUCAUUUGAUGGGAACUCAGUACGUGUACGAUUUCCCAGAGCUCUUCCGAUUGGCGUACCAGCAGAGUUGGCAGAAGGCUGUCGCAAAACACCCCUUCCUUGACGACAAGCAGCCGCCCACUGGCGAGUGCAUUGAUUACAGCGAACUUGUGCUCGAUGAUAAUGACAACCUCGCUGAGGUCAAACGCGAGCCUGGUACCAACACUCAUGGUAUGGUUGCUUGGCUAGUGACUGCUAAGACCCCUGAGUACCCGCGUGGUCGUCGCUUCAUCAUCAUUGCCAACGACAUCACUUUCAAGAUUGGCUCCUUUGGUCCUACGGAAGAUAGGUUCUUCCACAAGUGUACCGAACUCGCAAGGAAGCUAGGCAUCCCGAGAAUUUACCUCUCCGCCAACUCCGGUGCCCGCAUUGGUAUGGCAGAAGAGCUCAUCCCGCACUUCUCCGUCGCCUGGAACGACCCCAACAAGCCCGAAGCUGGUUUCAAGUACCUCUAUCUCACUCCUGAGGUGAAGAAGCGCUUCGAGGACGGCAAGCGACGAGAUGUCAUUACUGAGCCCAUUACCGAGGAUGGUGAGGAAAGACACAAGAUUGUCACCGUCAUUGGUGCUGAAGACGGGCUUGGUGUGGAGUGUCUCCGAGGUUCCGGUCUCAUUGCCGGCGCCACUUCCAAGGCCUACGAAGACAUCUUCACGAUUACCUUGGUGACAUGUCGCUCAGUCGGUAUUGGUGCAUACUUGGUGCGCCUUGGCCAGCGUGCAAUCCAGAUCGAAGGCCAGCCCAUCAUUCUCACUGGUGCGCCUGCCAUCAAUAAGUUGCUUGGACGUGAAGUGUACACUUCCAACCUUCAGCUUGGAGGCACUCAGAUCAUGUACAAGAAUGGCGUUUCUCACAUGACUGCCAACGACGACUUCGAGGGUGUCUCGCAGAUCGUCUCUUGGAUGUCGUUCGUUCCUGACAAGAAGGGCAAUCCCGUCCCCAUUUCGCCUUCUGCCGACCCUUGGGACCGUGAAAUCACCUAUUAUCCUCCCCAGAAGCAGCCCUACGAUGUGAGAUGGCUCAUUGCUGGCAAGGACGAUGAAGAGGGUUUCCUCUCUGGUCUCUUUGACAAGGAUUCUUUCACUGAGACUCUUGGUGGUUGGGCAAGGACUGUUGUCGUUGGUCGUGCUCGUCUUGGUGGUAUCCCCAUAGGUGUCAUUGGUGUCGAGACCAGAUCUGUCGAGAACGUAACCCCUGCCGACCCGGCCAAUCCUGACUCUAUGGAGCAGAUCACCAACGAGGCUGGUGGUGUGUGGUACCCCAACUCGGCUUUCAAGACCGCUCAAGCCAUUCGGGACUUCAACAAUGGUGAGCAGCUGCCGCUCAUGAUCUUGGCCAACUGGAGAGGUUUCUCUGGUGGACAGCGUGACAUGUACAACGAAGUGCUCAAAUAUGGAUCAUACAUCGUUGAUGCUCUUGUCAAGUAUGAGCAGCCUAUCUUUGUCUACAUUCCGCCUUUCGGUGAGCUCCGUGGUGGCUCUUGGGUCGUCGUGGAUCCCACCAUCAACAAUGACUUUAUGGAGAUGUAUGCUGAUGAGGACGCUCGCGCUGGUGUGCUUGAGCCUGAGGGUAUUGUGAACAUCAAGUACCGUCGUGACAAGCAGCUCGACACCAUGGCCCGCCUUGACCCCACCUACGCUCAACUCAAGAAGUCUCUGACCGACCCGAACAUUACGCACGACCAGCAGUCCGAAAUCAAGGUUAAGAUGACUGAGCGCGAGCAACAUCUUUUGCCCAUCUACACGCAAAUCUCGCUGCAGUUCGCUGACCUUCACGACCGUGCCGGCCGUAUGCAAGCCAAGGGAACCAUUCGCCUGCCGCUCCGCUGGUCUGAGGCUCGUCGCUUCUUCUACUGGCGUCUCCGGAGAAGAUUGAAUGAGGAGCAGAUCCUCAAGAAACUGGCCAGCUCGUCUAUCCGCGGCCCGACCAGCCGUGAGCACAACCUCAACACUCUGCGUGCCUGGUCCGCUAUCGAGGACUUUGCGCACAACGACCGCGAGGUUGCGCAGUGGUACGAGGAGAACCGCAAGGAGGUUAAUGCCAAGAUUGACCUUCUCAAGACGGAGGGUGUCGCAUACGACGUGGCCGCUCUCUUGCGCAGCAACAAGGAAGGCGGCCUCAAGGGUGUUGCUCAAGUCCUCUCCAUGCUGCCCAUCGAGGAGAAGGAGAAGGUCUUGCAGUACCUUACCUCCCAGUAAAGGGAGCGUGUGCUAUUGAUACCAAAUUUAUUGACAUUUUCUUUUCUCUUGGCGAGUAUAUGAUGACUGAGGACACAAUGAUGGAGAUGGACACUUAGGACGAUCAAAGAGGGGGUCGUUCAAGUUUGACCGUGGCACACAACCGUUGGGAAAAGAUCUUUGAGGGAGGAUCGAUUUCUAUCUUGUUGCGCCUUUAUGGAUAACUUUUGUCAUCUCUAUCUACCAUAUCUUCUUUCCAUUCUACCUUUGUACAGAACCUCGCAUCAUGCACUUUUUCACUUCUCAUUUUCUUUUUCUUUUUUAUCUUUGCGACUAGAUCUUCGAAUCUUUGUUUUCAUGUGGCCAUCUGCUUUUGAAUGCUUUGAUCGUCUUCCAAACCAUCUUUCUUUUUUUUCUUUUAACGAAGACUUUUUAGAUAUUCUAAUUACUACUAAAUUACUUC